CAAUUGCUGAUGACAUGUUGUGUUAAGAAUUUAAGGUUCAAUCGGAAAAGAAGAAAAACUGUCUCAUCGCUAUACUUCAAAAAUCUGAACGAGUGACUCGGAGAUUGUGUUCCUUUUUGGGUUGUAAUAAUAAUUCCAGACCCCCCAAAUGAAUAUGUCCUCCCUGAGUGACUUACCCCCUGCCCAUGGUGGUUACCACACGGAGGGGUCACGGGCUAGCCCCACUCCAGCCUCCCUGACCGAAAUGAUCAGUCGGAACAAGUUCCUGGAAGCCGCCAUCCCUAAGUGCGCGGGGUGCGGGGAACCGAUUCUGGACCGAUUCAUCCUGAAAGUCCUAGAUAGAUCCUGGCACUCCCGCUGUCUCCAGUGUCAUGACUGCCACGCCCGGCUCAGCGAUAAGUGCUUCUCCAAGGGGGAGAAGGUCUUCUGCAAGGACGACUUCUUUAGACGCUAUGGUACUAAGUGUGCUGGCUGUGAGAAGGGGAUUCCCCCGACUGAGGUGGUGCGCCGCGCCCAAGACAAUGUGUACCACCUGGAAUGUUUCGCCUGCCUGAUGUGUAGCAGACAGCUCAACACGGGCGACGAAUUCUACCUCAUGGAAGACCGGAAGUUGGUCUGUAAGGCGGACUACGAGUCGGCUAAAGCCCGGGGCAUCAAUGAGUACGAUAUAGAUGCAGCAAAUAAAAGACCACGCACAACUAUAACUGCAAAACAGCUAGAAGCCCUGAAACGGGCGUACAACGAGAGCCCAAAACCAGCUCGACACGUGAGGGAACAACUGAGUGCGGAAACCGGCUUGGACAUGCGUGUUGUUCAGGUCUGGUUUCAAAAUCGGCGCGCCAAAGAGAAGCGACUCAAGAAAGACGCCGGAAGAAACAGAUGGAGCCCUUACUUCCGGCAACUAAAACGCAACGGUGACCAGGAUAGUUCUAACAGCGCAGACGACAGAUCGGACAUCUGUCUUGAUGACGAUGAAGUAGACGACUUGGACGAAUCAAUCAGCCAGUCUGGUCGAUUGUCAGGAGAUUUAUUUAGUUCGGGUUCAGGACAACCAAUGGACAGAGAGCCAAACAUGGGCAGUGUGCCCGUCGGUCCCCCUGAAUCCCCGUCCAUGGAAACCUGGUCCCACUUUGGAAACGUUCCAAGUAAUCCGAAUUUCCUCGGACGUCAUUCGCCCAACAUUCCCAUGACAAACUCACAUUUAAUGCCUAUGGAUCCACUGCCCAUGAUGGGCGGCCCGUCCAGUGUAGCUAGGCUGAUGGGAGGUGAUUUGAACGAUAACUCACAAGGUUAUUCCGAGUACUCAUCAAAUUCAAACCAUAAUCACGUGGAAGUUUACUAAAAACAGAACGAUGAAAAGUGGUGAAACGAAAAGAUAUCAAUAUGAAUGGAAUUAUCUUAUUUUUAAACAUUCCGAAAUACGAAGGUCGUUUUCAAGUGUAUAUUUUUUUCAGUCAUAUCCAAUGAAGAAAAGACCAUAUAGAGACUGAUCAGUGAAAGAUUGAAUAGGUUAUAUAUAGUAACAUUUGAUUUCGUGGCUUUCCUGUGUUUUAAAUAUAGUGCAGCAAAUAUCAUUUGUUUAAACUAGUCCUCUUUUACUCCGGGAGAGUGCAAUGCUUACUGAAGUUGUUAUUUAAGAAAUGUUAAAGCACAUUUCUUUUUCAUUUUGUUUUGAACGCUGUUUUUAUUUUCAUUUGAAAUUUAUAUCAUUCAUCAUUCAUGUUUUACUCAUGUUGGGUUGGUUUUGUCCAGACACAAAAUCUUCUAUUUGUCAUUGGUCACGUUUUAUGUAAUACUAUGAAACAGAUCAUCAGUCUGUCUUUAAUAUUUGUUUAACCAUUUUUUCACAUAUUCAUAAUUAUCUUCAUUCAACAUUUUAUUUUUGUCUUAGCUAGAAAUAAACUGUAUCACAAAUAUAUAAGAAUUAGCCUUUAAUGUAAAUUAUCAUCAAAUAAUACUCUUUAUUUUAUAAUAUGACGGUUUAAAUACUUUACAAUUCCAUGUAUUCAAUUCCAAAGGAUCAGCCAAACGAUUCUUUGUAGAAAUAUUUGUAUUAAGGUAACUAUUCAUGUUAUUAAAAAAAAUUGGAUUAACUUAUACUUUAUUAACAAUGCAUAAUACUCACCUAAUUUUAUGAAUAUUAAUAUAAUGAUUUUUGUUUACGUAAAAAAUAUUUAUUGAUAGAUUUUCUUAAUAUUUUAUUUAUUUAAGGUAAUUAUUUAUUGUUGUUAUAAUUUAGCAUGGUAACUUUUAUUUCAUUGUUUAUGUAUUGUUUUUAUUUUUGGUAAAUUUUGUGGAAUAAAUUUUCUACAAAAUAUUUUUAGUUUUGCUAACUCAGAUUUCUGAUUGAAAACAAAAUAGUAAAGCCUAAAGUAUAUAAAUCUGACGUUAAAGAAACUGCCACAUUGUGAUAUUUAAAUUCACUGGGUGUGAAAAACUACAAUGAAAUUUGUAAUUUUGGCAUUUAAUAUACCCAGUUCAGUUGAAAAUUACACUAUAAUUUGUAAUAUAUGUUUUUAAAUUUCAUUAAAUGAAUUUUAAAAAUUACUAUAUCA